GCCCUGCCUGGGGACUGUGUGAGGUGUGCUUUGAACUCGAGUGUGUCCCUGUGCCCCGGCAGGAGCUGUCUGCUCACCCUGGCUGAGACUUGCGUGUUCCAUCCGCACCCCUCACAGGUGGUGGAUGUGCUGCUGCUGUGAUAUCAAACAUGGCAUCAAGCCAGAUGCAGAAAGGGAGUUAGAGUUCCUAACGUGUGCACCAGUAUUGACUUUCAGUUUGGUGCGUGGGUGGCAAAAGCAAUGAUAGAAGGAAAAGGCUUCCUUCUGUGAUGCUCAGUGUUGGAAGUUAUCAGGAGAGCAGAAUUCAUCAGUCUUUAGGUUAUUGCUUCAAGACCUCAGUGUCAAAAAAUCUGUUUCAAUUGUAUCAAAACUAAGGGAGGUUUUAAGGGAGAUCAUCUGCUCCAGCAAAUCACAGGAACAUCUUCAAUCAUCCUGCCUGCCUGGAGGGAAGAGAGGGGCUCCCCUUGAAUGCUGACUCUUCUGCCAGCCUGAGGGUCGUGUGGAGGAAACAGGGCUCCAGAAAAUAAAUUGUAGAUGCUCAGGAAAAGGAGGAUUCUGUUAAAAGCCCAGACUGCGUAGAAAGACUGGCACGAAAAUACAUGCAGAAAUGCACAGUGGAGUCAAGCACGGAGUCUGAGUCUGAAGCCAGGGCAGAGGUUGUGCCUAGUCCACUUGCUGGAGGACUCAAGAAAGCGAAGGAAUCCAGGGGACUACAAUUUUUAGAUCCUUAUGACGGUGAUUCAGAAGAUGCAUCUGUUCACACUGACUGUGGUAUAAAAGAUGCACCAUGGCCAAACAGUGCCUCAAAAGCAAUGCCUUUGGAGAAUGCUGAUACUUCAGAAGAUGAACGAUCCUUCCCUAAUCCUCCAAAUGUCAGUGACAUUCAGGCAGUAAAUUACUGUAGAGAAGCCCUGGAGUUUCCUGGGCUCGAGCAGGACCUGCUGCAAACCCCUGAGCCGCCUCCAGCUACUGAAGCAUUUACCCCCAUGGGGCUGACAUCUGACCACGCCUUACCGAUGGCUGUUAACCCUUCAUUCUCCGCGGAUCUCCCUGCAAUCCCGGCUGACACUGCUCCACAGCCCCUGUUCGCAGCUCCCUCUGACGGCACAAUGGCCGAGCAGCCCAUAAUUAAAAGAAAACGAAGGAUUUCUGCUCCAGAGGAUGCUAGUGAAAAACUAAAGAGAAAGAAAUUCCGUGCAACUUAAUGUAAGGGAUGAAUAAAUAAUUGGACAAACUGUUCUGAAGGAUCAUUCUGGUAGAGAUUUCUUUUGCAUUGUGUAGUGUACUUGAACUAAACAGGCUGCCUCAAGCCUGUUACAAAUGCACUGUGCUGUACAGUAAGCUCUGACAGCCACCUGAAAAACAGAGUCAAGCUGUCUGGCAAUUCCAGUGGAAAUUAGCAAAGGUACAUCCACAGCAUGACAAAUAAGCUUGGUGCCCAGGUCUUCUGGGAGCACCAGCCCCAGCUCCUGUGUGCAGUACCUGGAGGCAGCUGCUCAGUUUCAAUGUAAUUUCACCAACACUGACAAGGGUUUGUCGAGUAUGGAGAGUGACUCCGUGGCUGCAAUUAGCUUCCAAUAGCUAUGGCUUGUCUGGCACCCGCUUCAUGUCAUGUUUGGCUCUUGCUGUAUCUGACCUCCUUCUGAGUGAUGAACGACACAGGUUUGACUACCAACAUCUGAACUGACUGCAAGUGCCACAAUCCAGCAUUUAUCUUCUUUAAAGGGGGAGAAAUUGUCUAGUUGCUCUUAACACAGCUGCCCCACAGCUGCUCCUACCUCGUUUGACCAAUGUUUUGGGCAGUUUCUGUGUAGCUGCCAGAUCAGUGUUUACAAUGUGAUGUGGAACACAUUAGCUCAGAGCUUCUUAGUGAAAGCAGUUGUUCAGAAGCUGCAGGAGUGGUGCCCACAGAUGGGAGGCCAGUUAGGGAGCAAAAGCUAUCUCUGAUCUCCCUCUCCUAAUAUAGUAAUUGCUUUAAUCAGGUUUAGAAUUUGGGUAGUCCAUUUGUGUGGGAGGGGAACUACUAACUAUGAAAGUAUAAUGAUAGCUUGAAAGAUGUUAGUACCAGCAACUUGCUAGAACAUUUGUUCUGUACAACUGGCAGAGAAUUUUAGUUUCCAGUUUCUUUUGCAAGAUGGAAAGCCACUCAAAAUAUUAUUUAACUGCUAGCAUUGCACCCUUCCACCUGUGUAUUUAUUUCAUUAAAGCAACUUUUCUUUCAUCCUUA